AUGCGGCGGGACGUCGGCGCGGCGAAAUCGGAGGCGGCGAAGUUUCGAGGCGAGGCGAUGCGGGAGCGAGCGCGGGCGAAUUUCGAGGCGGCGGAGAAGAAGAAGGCGCGGGCGGAGGUGGCGAAACUGGAGGAGGCUCUGGAGGAAGCGCGCCGAGGCGCGGGUGCGGCGGAAGUGGUGCGAAUGGCGAAGGAUGCGGCGAAUGAGGGUGUGAAACGCGCGAAGACGCUCGUUCGCGAUGCGAAACCGUUGAUUGAAGACGGGAUGCGUAAGGCGGCGCCGGCGCUGAAGAACGCGGGCGAGCGCGCCAAGCGCGGGUACGCGCGGCAAAUCAGAAACGUACAAAGCAAUCUAGCGCCUGUGCGUCGAAAGAUGAAGGCAAAGAUGAAACAAAUCGAUCUUCUGAAGCCUUACGCGACGGAUCGACACAUAAACACUUUGUUUCAGGCGACGUACACGCUCAUCUUGGCGCUCUGCGUGCAUCGCACGCUGGGAGUGUUGUAUCGAUUCGCGUUCGGUCGGCGCUCGCGAAGCGUGCCGCGCCACGUGCGAAGCAAAUCCGUCGAACUUAGACCUCUUUCGCCCGAUCGUUAG